AUGAGCAAGGUCCUGAAGGGGUUCCAGGAAAACUUCAGCAGGCAGAAUCAGAACAGUAAUGUUGCCAGUGGUUCUUUGCACCAGGCAACCCUGAAUAAUGAGCCCGGGCCUAUGGACGUUGAUGUCCAUCAUGAGUAUCUCGAUGUGGAUAUGGUACCACCUCCAAUGCCCCCUGCGCCUCCACCUAAAUCACCACCACCACCACCACAUCCCCCGACACCACCACCUCCCAUUGAACGGCCUAGAGGACUUCCUCCACGCGUUAUUAGAUUGCCACAGCGCUUUCGAGACGAGGUCCCACCCGAACCUCCUCUAAUUAUACCACCAGUCGUGGAGGAGGAACCACCUCAGCCUCAGGAACCUCCAUCUGUGGAGAGUCUGUAUCGAACACCAAUGAAUGGCUAUGGGAUAUUUCGAGAGUAUACCUAUGGUCCCCCUUCUAUUACUCCUGACGAACAUUUCACACUGUCAUCAGUGUCCAAUUCUCCAAAUAUUGCCAAAGACCCAGCCGACUCUUUGAGAAAGGCGUCAGAGGGAACACCAAUGGCCCUACCUUCGGAUUGGUCCUUGGAUUCUGAGCCAAAAGACGACAAGAGCUUGCUAUUCAAAAAUCGUUCUACUCAACUUAUCAUGUCUUGGUUUUACAACGGCCACGGUACUAAAUCCUACGCUGAUACUGACAAAUUGAUUCACCAAGUCGUACUGGACCCGGAUUUUGACCCCAAGGACUUUGAUUCCUCCUUUUCUACUGCUCGAGAGGCAGUGCGUCUGGACGAAAUCUCCACCCAAAAAAAUUCUACAGAUCCUACUUUGUCAGAAGUGUGUCGACCGGAAGCUGGGUGGAUCAAGGGCAGCUUUUCAAUACCAGUGCCAUGCGACGGUUUCAUAUUCGAUUCGGAAGAGGAGGUUCCUCAAUUUGUUGUUGAAAACGUCAUGUAUCGAAAACCUCUAGAAGUUAUCAAACAGGCCUUUGCAGAAUGCACCUCUGAGACGUAUACGACCAUACCGUACAGAGAAUUUUGGCGUCCCUCACCCGACGAACCACCCGAACGCUUAUUCUCAGAGUCCUACGUGGCGGACAUUUUCAAUGAAGAGUAUGAAAAGAUCAAGUCAGAGCCACGCACAGGUCCCCACAGACACCUGGAGCCCUUUGUCGUUGGUAUCGGGAUUUUUUCAGAUUCUACCCACCUGACCAGUUUUGGCGAUGCUUCUAUAUGGCCGAUCCUUAUGUAUAUCCUCAACCAGUCAAAAUACACCAGAGGGAAACCUAAAGAAUUCGCUGCGCACCAUAUUGCGUAUAUCCCUAAACUCACAGACAGUUUUCAAGAUUGGCAUCAGCGACAGUUUGGCAAAGCUGCGACAUCUGAAAUGCUCACCCAUAUGAGACGCGAGGUCAAUACAGGCGUCUGGGGGCUAUUACUUGAUGAGGAUGUCAAACGAGCGUAUGCUGAAGGAGAGGCCGUAGAACUGGCCGACAGAACUAUGAAUGUCCCAAAGGUUGGAUCAAAGAUGGAUAUGCGAAACCGGCUCAAGCUAGCUCGCGUUGACAGCGAAACUUGUCAAUUUGACAUCAAAACUGCCCGUAAAGCAUUGUUCUUGGGGAAAAAGGUUAACAGCAAGGUGGUUAAUGGCUUGCUGCAACAGACCUCUGCUUUUCCAACUCGGAACGCUUUUUCCAAGGCUUUAUUUGAAUAUGGCUUCAACUUUUAUCGGAUGUUUACUGUCGACUUCAUGCACGAAGUGGAACUGGGUGUCUGGAAGGCCCUAUUUAGUCACCUACUCCGGAUUCUUUAUACCUCUAGCAACCAGAACGCCAUUGCAACUCUGAACGAAAGAUACCGCCAAGUCUCCCCUUUCGGCCUCACAACUAUCCGACGUUUUGCUAGGAAUGCUUCAGAUAUGAAGAAACUGGCAGCACGGGAUUUUGAAGAUCUCCUUCAGUGCUCUAUACCAGUCUUUGAGGGCUUGUUGCCAGAACCUGCACACAAUAAAAUUAUUCAAAACCUCUUGUUUGAAAUGGCAACAUGGCACGCCCUAGCCAAGCUUCGACUUCACACCAAUACCACUCUGGACGAGUUGGGGAAUUUGUGUACUCGGUUAUGUGAUCUCCUUCGUCAGUUCCAAAAGGAGGUUUGUAGUCAGUACGCCAUUCGCGAGCUUCCAUCAGAAACAGCCGCAAGAGGAAGAAGACAGGCAGCCAAGGCCAAAAAGGCAGCGAGUGCGGGUCUGCCAGUACCUCCGACUCAACCCAAUGAACCCAAGACCCGCACGUUCAAUAUGCAAACGUACAAAUUGCAUUCCCUUCCCGAUUAUGUCGAUUCCAUUCGCCAAUUUGGCACCACUGACGGCACGAGCACUCAGAUGGGCGAAAGCGAGCACAAGAGAGCGAAACUCUUCUACAAACGGGUCAAGAAAGGUGAUCAUAUUCGAGGUAUCGCCAAACACAUCUACCGAGAACGUGUGGUACACCGCACUAACCGUGUCGAGAUACGCAAGCUGCUGCGUGAGGACAGGGAGUUACUGGAGCCCACUCCUCCUGAUUUACAUUAUCACAUCUCAUCAGACGUGCGUCGAAAGUUAGAUAUACUACCCUGGAUGUCACAAAACCAAAACGAUCCGGCGACAAGGGACUUUAUGCUUCGUCUCAAAACUCACCUUUAUGCCCGCUUAUCAGGGGUAAACGAAUUCAGUGAUAGCAUUGGUACCCAUGAGCGACUCCAAAUCACAAUACUCGGUGACCGAAUUUACGAACAUCAGGUUCUACGCAUCAACUAUACUUCGUAUGAUAUGCGUCGAAUACAAGAUACCUUGAAGCCAAACUCUUCCCGAUGUGACAUCAUGGUACUCGCUAGCAACAAAGGUGCAGAUCAGCAGGUUCAUCCUUAUUGGUAUGCCCGUAUCAUUGGAAUCUACCACGCCAAUGUGGUAAUAUCUACCCCUGAUGAUUACUACCGUGCUUCCAAGCACAAAGUGGAUUUUCUUCAUGUCCGAUGGCUGGGUGUUUGUGAAGAUUGCCAUUACGGUUGGAAAUAUAGAAGGCUUCCACAGUUGGCGUUUGGUGAUAUCAAUGACUCUGCGUCAUUUGGUUUUGUGGACCCAUCCCUCGUAAUUCGUGCAACCCAUUUGAUCCCUCGCUUCAUUCUUGGAAAAAUACCGACUCUCGGCCCAUCUGUAGCUUAUAGAAGCAAAGAAAAUAAUGAAGGGGAAGAAUGGGAGAGAUAUUAUGUCAAUUUUUUUGUGGAUCGCGACAUGGUCAUGCUGUACAGAGGGGGUGGAGUUGGCCACGCUAGCACGCGAGCCGCUACCGAUUCUCUUAGGCAAGACCGACGUGCAGAUGACAUUGCCUCUCGCAAAAAACGCCGCGAGGCACAUGAAGCACCCGAUCCUGAUCUGGAACCAGAUGGGGCCUCAGACCAGGAGCAAGACGCUCAGGACCAGGCUGAAGUGGCACCUGAAAACAGCGCCGAUUCUGAUGACAAUGAAGACAACAGCGACCAGCAUACCGAUUCUGAAGAGGAGGAGGAGGAGGAGGAGGAAAGCGACAAGGAUGAGAACCGGGGUGACCUCGAUGAACUCGGGUUUGCUGAAUACUAA